GCCGAAUUCCCCAACCCCCCCAACCAAAGCACCGCGUCGGCGUCCCCUCCAAACCCUAGCCCCCUGCGCGCACGAGUUGCGAGGAGGGUAGGAGGAUGGACGGCCCCAAGAGGUCGCAGCUGCGGGUGCGGCUCCGGGUGACGGCACGCCGGCGGGGCGGCGACGGAGCGGACAGGGCCGGACCGGGCGGUGGCGCUGGGGGCGAGCGGAAGCGGCGCAUGGACGCCCCACUCAUCAACUCCGCGGCCAAGCUGCAGCGCCGCGAGAUCGGGGGGCGGCAGCUCGCCGCGCGCGGCGGUGGCGCCGCGGCCGCCGUGCCCGAGCGGUUCCGGAACAUGCAGCUCCAGGAAGAGUUUGACACAUAUGAUCAUGACGCUCACCUAUUUGUGAAGCUACAAUUUCUCAAAAAAAGAUCAAAAAUUAUUGAGAUCGUCGCAGCAAAAGAUAUUAUAUUUGCUCUUGCUCAUUCCGGGCUUUGUGCUGCUUUUAGUCGAGUAACAAAUAAGCGUUUAUCCUUCUUGAAUUUAAGUCCAGACGAAGUGAUUCGGAGUUUGUUCUACAACAAGAACAAUGAUUCACUUAUUACUGUCUCAGUUUAUGCAUCAGACCAAUUUAGCACAUUGAAGUGCAGAACAACCCCGAUCGAGUAUAUAAGGAGGGACCAAUUAGAUGCUGGGUUUCCUCUUUUUGAAUCGGAAUCUCUGAAGUGGCCUGGCUUUGUGGAGUUUGAUGAUGUAAAUGGAAAAGUACUCACUUACUCUGCCCAGGAUGGUAUCUACAAGGUUUUUGAUUUGAAGAACUAUUCCUUUCUAUAUUCGAUACCUGAUACCAAUGUGCAGGAGAUAAAGAUCAGUCCAGGAAUCAUGCUCCUAAUAUAUGAUAGAAUGCCAAGUUAUGUUCCUUUGAAGAUAUUAUCUAUUGAAGAUGGAAAGCCAUUGAAAUUAUUCAAGCACUUGUUGCACCGUGGCAAGAAAAUUGAUUUUAUUGAGCAGUUCAAUGAGAAGCUCCUUGUGAAGCAAGAAGACGAGAACCUUCAGAUACUUGAUGUACGAAGUUCUGAGCUAAUUGAAAUCAGUAUUGAGAAGUUUAUGACCCCAUCAGCAUUCAUUUUUCUGUACGAGAACAAUCUCUUCUUGACAUUCCGAAACAGAACAGUUGCUGUAUGGAAUUUCCGAGGAGAGCUUGUUACAUCGUUUGAAGACCAUUUGCUAUGGCAUCAAGAUUGUAGCACCAACAAUAUUUACAUUACAACUGACCAGGAUCUGAUUAUAUCCUACUGUAAAUCCGAUGCAGCGUCUGAUGACGGUACAGCUUCUCCAAUUGGAUCCAUCAACAUGAGCGACAUUAUGACUGGCAAGUGCAUUGCCAAGAUUGCAGCGAAUGAUCCUUCCCUUAGCAUCGCACCUCGCAAAAAUGGUAGCCCCUCAAUCUGGAGUAGUAUCCCAGAAGCUCUGGAGGAUGUCACAGCACUCUUCUACGACGAGGACAGGAACGAGAUCUACACUGGGAACAGUCAGGGGCUGGUGCAUGUAUGGUCCAGUUAGGUAGUAUAUAUAUACAUGUCACUUUUUGAUCUGUUGAGAAGAUUGGAUGCACUCAGUGCUGCAUUCUGUAUCAUCUCCGGGCUUGUCUACCUCUGCAGUAGAAUGUAAUUCCUGGGGGGCAGUAAAAUGUAGUUCCCUGUAAAUAUUGUGUGAUAUUGUGUCAUCUACCAUGCUAUAGUUAGUUUAGAAAA